AUGAAGAACGUCGUUUCCAUUCUCGCCCUCGCGUCCAGCGUAGUGGCAACGGGCUUCAACAAAGCACCGCCAUUCUCUUGCCCAAGCAACACGGACAACAAGUGUACCGACAAGCAGAAGCCCGGGUUCAACUUUGGCGACCUCAACAUCGGCCCUGUCUUCCAGUACAACGACUUCACCUUCAAGAACUUCCAAUGCGGGGCCUCGUCCGGAAAGCGCUUUGAGCCCCGGACCUCGUCCAAGUUUAUCGGCGGCACAUGCCACUCGGACAAGGCCUCGUCACCAUCGUUCGGCUGCGGAGCUUCCGUCGACAAGUUCUCCCUCGGCUCUAUCCACGUGAAGCCCGAGUUUGACUGUGACCUCGAGUUCCACUACGACAUGCCUGACGGCUCGACCUGCAAGCACCGUAACCCGUGUAGUAAGUCCGGCACCACUGUCGUCAACUCGCAGUGCGGCGGCGCCAAGAACGUCACCAUCGUCUACCCCCCUCAGCCCAACAAGCCCAAGCCCAGCUGCAGCGUCCAGGUUCCCACCGUGUCUUUCGACUGUAGCACAGCUUCUAGCACCAAGCCUGCUACCACCAAGCCUGCCACCACUACCGCACCCGGCACCACUACCCCUGGCACCACUGCUCCUGGCACCACAGCUCCCGGUACUACUAGCACCACAGCCCCCAGCACUACCGCCCCUAGCACUACUGCUCCCGGCACUACCAGCACAACGGCCGCCGGGACCACCAGCACUGCUCCUGUUGGAGUCAGCAGCAACUCUCCUGUCACGGCCAGCUCCAGCGCACCCGCUGUCGUGUCUUCGUCCAGCACUGUCACCACCACCUUUGUUACCCAGAGCACGUCAACAGUCUUCACUACUUCGACCCAGACCAUCACCAGCUGCGCACCUACUAUCCCCAACUGCCCGGCCAACUCGGUUGUCACCACCGUGGUUACUGUUGCUGUUUCUACGACAGUAUGCCCCGUCACCCUGACCCAGACCAGCGUUCUUACCACAUCAUCUGCGCCUGUCGUUGUUGAUACUACCUCAUCUGCGCCCGUCGUUGUCGGCACGACUUCGUCUGCACCCGUUGUUGUUGGUACUACUUCAUCGGCGCCCGUUGUUGUCGGCACGACCUCGUCUGCCCCUGUUGAUGUUGGCACGACAUCAGUGGCACCCGUUGGCGGCACGACCUCGUCUGCCUCUGUUGAUGUUGGCACAACUUCGACUACCGUCAUUGGCACCACGAGCGCUGCCACUUCUGUUGCCCCCGUGGAGACGCUCCCUUGCCCCGACGUUGUACCGUCCUGCCUGAGCACCUUCAUGUUCAGCGUUGGCUGCUCUGACAACUCGGACUCGAGAUGCUACUGCCCCGACGAGAUCUUCGUCAAGAACAUCUUCAACUGCAUCUACGCACACGGGGCUACAGAUCAAAUCGUGUCCGAGGCAGUCAUCUUCUUCCAGGGUAUCUGCGCCCAGUAUGUCCCAACCAACCCUGCCAUCGCCACUGGUGCCACCGUGACCACAUAUAUCACUGUCAGCGCUACGCCGACCGCGGUUGCCCCCGUGUAUACGACAAUCACCGUGGACCAGACCGUCGUCGUGCCCUGCACUGACUCGGCAGGCGUCACUAUCCCAAGCUCCAGCACCACGGUCACUAUCAGCACCACCCUCUCGGUGCCCCAGGUCGGCUUCAGCACCGGCACUGCCGGCUCGGUUGGCCUCAUCCCUGUGACAACCCCGCCUGCUGUUGCCAGCAGUGUGCCAGGUCUUGUGACGGCGCCAGCCACUGGCGUGAUAACCGCUGGCCCCGUCGGCACUGGCAGCUUCCGCCCCUCUGCCACGCAACCAGGCUUCGUGACCGCCGGCAGCGGCCGUGUCAACGCCGGGCUCAGCCUUGCGCUUGGCAUGACAUUGCUGGCCAUCCUCGGCCUCUAA